UGUAUGGAACGCACUGAAGUCGGAGAUUUCCGAGUUCCAAGUUCCCAGUUUUAUGAACGCAGCAUUUGAGGUUAGCUGUCAAAGUCAAACGUCACACAGGUAGCCUAGGUAGGUAGGUAGGUAGGUAGGUAACCGUGUAUCUUCCGGAUCCUUUUAAAAUCAGCGGUUGUGCGACUUUACCCAUAGGCUUCAGUCCAGCGGUGACACAGCGGUGUCCAGCCAUGGCCGAGUCCCAGCUAACAUGCAUGGAGGACGGCCACAUCAAAGAGAACGUCCCGGAGUCCAAACCGGAGUUUUACUACAGCGAAGAACAACGCGCGGCGGUUGAACAACUGCUCAAAAACGGUGACGGCGCUUUCAAAAUGCGACUGAAAGAGGACAAAGUGAAAGACUUUCUCUCGGCCCGUGAUAUUAAAACGAUAAGGAACACUUUCAAAGAAUAUGACACUGAAGAUGAAGAGAAGUGCGGAGAAUUAAAGGCGAAACCCGACGGUUCCAAAGCGAACUCGGGGCACCAUUCGACGUACUGGCCGCAGAUGUCGGAUACAGAGGUGCCGCCGUUGGAUCUCGGUUGGCCCAACGGGGGUUUGUUCAAGGGGGUCACACGCGUGGCGGUUCACACGCACCCGCCAAAAGAGAACGGACCGCACAUCAAGGAGGUCAUUCGUAGGCUGAUCCAAGAAGCUACCAAGGUGUUAGCUAUAGUCAUGGACCUGCUGACAGACAUCCAGAUACUGCAGGACCUGCUGGACGCAGCGUCGCGGCGCUCCGUGGCCGUCUACAUCCUGUUGGAUGUCAGCGGGGUCCCACACUUCCUGGAUAUGUGCUGCAGGCUGCAGGUCGGAGCUCAGCACCUGCGGAACAUCAGGACUCGUACAGUUCAGGGGACAGGGUUGGGUCUGUCCUUCGGUAGACUCCUUGGUUCUUUGUGUAGUAAAUACAUGCUGGUGGAUGGGGACAAAGUCAUGUUCGGCUCCUACAGCUUCUCAUGGAGUUCGUCUCGGAUGGACCGCAACAUGAUCACGGUCAUGACUGGCCAGGUGAUCGACUUCUUCGACCGCGACUUCUGCGAGCUCUACGCCGUGUCCGAAAAACUGGACCUCUACAAGGAGUUCAACCUCAGCCCACCUCCCAACAUGGCCUCCGCCGCGCGGCUCAAAGUGGAGCCCGUAAAACCCCAGUUACGAGCCGCCACAUCCAGAUUCCAGGUCAGUCUAGGCAACUCGCGUGGAGGUGAUCUCCAGGUGCCUGCACAUAAAUACCACAACCCCAAAUACUCUUUGGUGUACGGGAAUAGUGUUCCUGGACUGAUGGGGUCCUUGCAGGAUCUACCAGGCAUAGAAAAGACAGCUAUAACUGCGGGUCCUGAGGGACUAAUGCAGGUGAACAGCGAGUGGUUGGAUCAACUCACCCCGCUACCACCCGACGGAGGGAAGGUGGGGACGAAAAAAACCAACAGCAUUUUGGAGAAGAAAUCCCGCCCUUCUUUUAGGAAACUCUUCAAGGGGAAAUCGACAGCCAAUCAGAGCGUGGACACCGGGGGUGGUAGCCCGGCAACCAGUCCAAUCUCCUCCCCCACAUCGUUGGGAACCAAUAGUAUGGAGGAGAUGAAUAACCUUGAAGUCAUGGUGAAACAACCAAUGAAGAGUAAGAAGUUUAAAAUGAGCCUGAAGAGUGCCUCUCAACAGACUGUCAACACACAAGACAAUGACAGCUUGAAGAGCCGCAGGCCAUCAACAAAGAACAAAUGUAGUCCAUCCUGAUUCUAAACCUGAGUCACUCCGGAUUCAAACCACCCCACUCAACUGGUUCUCUGUGGGAUUCAAUAAUACCUUUGGGAUCUGGUGCAAUAAUUACUAUAAUGUGUCAAUUCUACUUGCUCUGUACAGAGAUAUUCUCUGGACAAACAGAGGCGUCCUUAAAGCAGAGACCGGCGAUAGGUGGAACAGCGCCACUGACCAUCCCCAGGCACAUUAGUUGUUGUUUUUCUUUUGAGGAAAAGAGCAUCCAUGUUUGAAGUAACGUCUUCGUCGUAAUAGUGUAACGUGGACCUGGCGGUUUCAUCACUAUGGAUUCCAGGUUGAAGAAGCGCUGUCACUGAGCACCAAGUCUGUGAUUCUUAUUUGACCAUGUAAAGAAUAACGUCAUGUUGCCUUGUGAAGUCUUGUAUGUAAUUAAUGUGUAAUUAAUUAAUGUGUGUGUUUCAUGCUGUGACCAACGGAUGUCAAUGAUAAGGGGGUUGGGAAAUGGAUCUGAAUGGGUAUUUGAGUGUGUGUUUAUUCAGUACAUUAAAAACGAUCAUGUUUUUCUGA